AUGCAUGCGGCCCUCGUCAACUCGUGGGGAUCCCCCCCGACCUACACCACCACCGCCGACCUCCCGCCGCCGUCUCCGACCCAGAUCCGCCUGCGGGUUCUCGCCGCCGGCGUCCACCGCCUGGUCCUCUCUCGCGCCACCGGGAAGCACUACACAUCGACGACGCUCCCACACCUCCCCGGCGCCGACGGCGUCGGCGAGGAUCCGACGACAGGGCAGCGCUACUACUUCUCCGCGCUCGCCACGGGCUCCUUUGCCGAGUUCGUCAACAUCGAGCGCGACAUGCUUGCCCCCUUGCCCGAGACCGCCGACGCCGUCGCCGUCGCGGCCUACACGAACCCCGUCAUGAGCAGCUGGAUGGCCUUCGCAGCGCGCACUGCCGCGGCAACGGCAGUGCGGGAGCCCGGGUUUUCGGUGGCGAUCCUGGGCGUCACGAGCGCGAGCGGGAGGGUCGCGGUGGACGUCGCGCGCUCAAAAGGCGCCGGGAGGGUCAUUGGGAUCGCGCGGAACGCGGCGGCCAUGGCGGAGAUGGAGCUCGAUGAGCGGAUUGUCCUCCUCGCGGGGGGGGAGACGGACUGGUCGAAGCUGGGAGAGGUGGACGUUGUGUUGGACUACGUCUAUGGCCCCCCAGUCGUCGAACUGCUCAAGGCGCUGCCCGCCUCGGAGAGGGAAGUACAGUUCGUCCAUGUUGGCUCCGUGUCCGGCGACGGGGAUAUCAGUCUUCCCGGGGCCGUUCUGAGGGGUAAGAGGGUUGCGAUCCGGGGAGCCGGUCCGGGGAGCUGGACGAUGGCGGAGUAUGCGAAGGAGCUUGGAGGGAUGGUGGGUGUGAGCUCGGGGUUGAAGGGGGACAACGUUACUGUGAUUGGGUUUAAGGAUGUUGAGAAGGGCUGGACAGAAGCUGGGAUCGGAAAGAACAGGGUUGUGUUUGUGAGUGAAGAUCUUUUGAGUCGUGAUGAGAUCUAA